CACAAUCCUUGUAGGGCAGAGCUCCUUCUGAGAAGACUAGAACCUUACUGGAACUAUAGCAGACAUGGAAAAUACCUGUAGUGAACUUGGACCCCAAGAAUUGGCCACUGGUGGGCAUUGUGGCGCUUCAUAGGCAGUCAACCAUACAAAAAGAAGAACUUUAUAGCCUUCUUGUCAUUUUGAAAGACUAUAAAACCAGAGAGUCCAAUCUCCACCAUUUCACAGGAAGCUAAGAUCUUCUUACUUGUUCAAGACCUUGAACCAUGAAUUGAUAGAGAUUCUCAAAAGUCCAGAAACAAAGUGUGCGGACAAAAUCCUCUGGAAGAAGAAACCCUCUGUCUUUAAUAGAAAAGUAAAUACAGAAGCCUUCAUUCCUGAUCAGUUCCUGAUGGAGACUUCAGCUAUUACAGAAGACUACUAUACAACCACAGAAUUUGACUAUGGGGACUCCACUCCAUGCCAAAAGGCUGCUGUAAGAGCCUUUGGGGCUGGACUCCUACCCCCCCUAUACUCCAUGGUGUUCAUCAUUGGAGUGAUAGGCAACAUCCUGGUGGUUUUGGUACUCAUGCAGUACAGGAGGCUUCGAAGCAUGACCAGCAUCUACCUGUUCAACCUGGCCAUCUCUGAUCUGGUCUUCCUCUUCACAUUACCUUUCUGGAUUGACUACAAACUGAGAGACAACUGGGUUUUUGGUGACGCCAUGUGUAAGCUGCUCUCUGGGUUUUAUUACCUGGGCUUAUACAGUGAGAUCUUCUUUAUCAUCCUGCUGACGAUUGACAGGUACCUUGCCAUUGUCCAUGCAGUGUUCGCCCUGAGGGCCAGGACUGUCACUUUUGGUAUCAUCACCAGUUUCAUUACCUGGGUCCUAGCCAUCUUGGCCUCCAUUCCUGGCUUAUACUUUUUCAAAGCCCAGUGGGAGUUCACUCACCAUACCUGCAGUCCUCAUUAUCCCUAUGAGAGCCUGAAGCAGUGGAAACGGUUUCAGGCUCUGAAGCUGAACCUCCUUGGCCUAAUUUUGCCUCUGUUAGUGAUGACCAUCUGCUACACGGGGAUCAUCAGUAUUCUGCUCAGACGACCCAGUGAGAAGAAGGCCAAAGCAGUACGUCUAAUAUUUGCUAUCACUCUUCUCUUCUUCCUCCUAUGGACACCCUAUAAUCUGACUGUAUUUGUUUCUGCGUUCCAAGAUGUUCUAUUCACCAAUCAGUGUGAGCAGAGUAAACAGCUGGACCUGGCCAUGCAAGUGACUGAGGUGAUUGCCUACACCCACUGCUGUGUCAACCCAGUCAUUUAUGUCUUUGUGGGUGAGCGGUUCCGGAAGUACCUCCGGCAGCUGUUUCAAAGGCACGUGGCUGUACCCCUGGCAAAAUGGCUACCCUCACAUUUUGUGGACCAUCCAGAAAGGGCCAGUUCCAUGACUCCAUCCACAGGAGAGCAUGAACUCUCUGCUGGCUUCUGAUUCAGGCUCCUGGGCAUCAACCAAGGUCCAGGAGAGAGUGAGGAUAUAGUGCAUGGCUCUCCAGGACAGACACUGGAAGCUGUCACAAGGAGGAACUUAAAGGUGGUUUGGUAUAAGUCAUCUCUUCAACACUUUCCUUGAAUGUCUCUCUGUUGGGAAGUAAAUGAAUGAACAAAGAAGGAUGUGCCACACUCUGGGAUAAUGGGUGCCAGGGAAGGCCUUGGUCCCAAAAUGAGUUAGGAUCUGUGGUCAUUAUCAAAAAACAAAAGCUGAACUGAUCCUUUACUAAACUUCACUCCUAACGAUGUGAUAUUCUGGGAAAAUUUCAAGAAAAGUUUUGUAAUAGAAAAGAAUUUCACAUACUUGCAUAUUGACAUACAUUAUAAAGUAUAUGAUGUUUUGCCAAAAAUUUAAACUGUAACAAACUGAAGUUAAUUUAUCCAGUUACUCUAAAUAAUUAGCAAAGAUACUACUAGGUCACAGAAUAAAUGCAAUAGCAUUAGUAUAUAAAUACUGGCCUCAAGGAAUUAACAAUAAAAAUAAUUCUUUUGGUUGUUAAAA